UGGUGUCUGUCCUGUCAUUCCCUGCCUUGUCCGGUGUCCUGGCCCCAUACCCUAUACCCUGUUGUCUGGUCCUAUGUGCCUAAAGGGCACACUUGGGGGGGGUACUGUCACGUCCUGCCCGCCCUGUCUGCCUGACCCUCCUGUCCAAGGUUUUGGUGGUGUCUGUCCUGUCAUUCCCUGCCUUGUCCGGUGUCCUGGCCCCAUACCCUAUACCCUGUUGUCUGGUCCUAUGUGCCUAAAGGGCACACUUGGGGGGGGGGUACUAUCACGUCCUACCCGCCCUGUCUGCCUGACCCUCCUGUCCAAGGUUUUGGUGGUGUCUGUCCUGUCAUUCCCUGCCAUGGUUCUUAGAGUCAAGCUGGAUGCUCAUUUGUCUUUCCUUUUGUUCCUUCCUUCAUGAUAACCACUCCCAGUUGCCUGUCUGCUCCCUCUUUAGUCACAUAUUUCAAUGUCUCCCAGUCCUGUGUUCCCCAGAUCUGUCAUUAGCAUGGUAUCAUCUGGUUGCCUGUGCCUUCCGCUCUGAUCCCCUGUGAUCCCAUUUGUUUCCAGUUUUGUUAGGUUCAAUAAAUCCCCCUUUUGUUUCUCCACCACACUUGCUCCCUGAGUUCUUUGUCCUAGCAGUUCGUGACAGCUGCUUCAAAGAAUGUCAAGAGUCUGCAAAACUGUCAUUAAGAAAAAAAGAUGCUGAACGCUUCUCUGGGUUAUUGCAGUACUUAAUAUGUAUUACUUCAAUGCCUUGAGGCUUUCUACUAUCAGUGCUGGACAGGAUGGAUAUGCUGCCAGUCUCUGCCAUGAGAAGGGAAGCCGUAGGAGACACUACAGAAGUGGUGGGCUUCAGCAAACCCCUGCACCGCUUCAUGAGGGUGGAUCCCCAGAGCAUCGGGGUUGUGAUGCUCUUCCUGGGAGUCACGCAGUUCAUAACAGGGAUUCCAAUGAAGUGUGAUAUCACAAGGAACUCCACUAACAUCUACAGCUCAUUCUGGCUGGGGAUCCUGUUCAGCAUCUGUGGUAUUAUUUACAUCAUUUCUGAAAAGAGAGUGUCCAAAAAAAUGGUAACAGCUAGCCUGGCCAUCAGCAUCAUCUCCACCCUUGGUGCCAUCAAGGCCUUCAUGGACUACGUACACUACAUGAUUCGUCUGCUGUACAUUCCCCUUUAUGACCACUACUAUGAGGACAGCGACGAGCCAUACAAUGCGACCGAGCACAUCACAGAGAGCCCGAUUCCCACCAGGAACAGCGAGAAAUUGUGGCUGCUGUAUCACAGGGGCCAGGUGUCCUGCAUGGAAGGUAUCUGGCUCCUUCACUGCUUUGUGGGCGGCGUGAUCCUCAUCGUCAUGACGGCGUUUUCCAGAGCUGCUCUGAGGUCCACUAAAACACAGGCGACUGUCAUAAUGUACAAUCGACCAUCAGCGUAAGUCUGGGCAGCAAGCAGAAGACCCAGUGCACGUGAAUUAAUUAAAAAACACAGCACUAUAAUGAUUCACAUUGUACAGCUGGCCAAAGUGCAGUUAUAGCACUGUUAUAGCACUGUAAAUAAAAAUAUACCGAAAAGCAACAUUCAAAACAGAAGCACAGGCUCCUCAUAAGAUAUGAAGGUAUACCUUAUUGUAAGUGCAAUUACUGGCUGUCAGGUAUUUAGCACUAAUUUUUCAGUGUCAAACAUGGAACUAGAAUUAAUUUCUGCAUGACCCUGUCAUUUUGUAUCUUUGAAUUAGUGCUGGGAGUCAUAACCUGUGAAGUGCCGUAGUUUAUCAAUCACCAGAUAUACAAAAUAUAUAAAAACAACAGGUACUUAGGAUAAAAUCUCAAUCUUGUUCUUUAAAAUUGUUGAAUAAACAGAUUCUUCUUGUUUGAGGCUUUAUGCAAACAUGUAUCUGUAAGAAAUGUAUUAUGUUACACUAAAUUUGCUAGCAAACCAUAA